AUAAAUUUAAUAAUAUUUUCGUAUAAAUUUCGGUGUCGAAGAAAUGAAGAAAAUUAUGGCAAGGACUUUAAGCCGGUCCAUCUUCUUAAACUCUCCGGUUAAUCGUUGCUCUACUUGUCUUCUCAAUCGUUCCAACCGUAGUUAUACGUUUCCAAAAUACCCUUGUAAUCUCUCCAAAUUCUCCAAGUUGCGGCUAGUUCAUUCAUCCAUGGACGUCCCUCCAGAAGGUUAUCGAAGAAAUGUCGGAAUCUGUCUUAUCAAUUCUUCCAAAAAGAUUUUUGCUGCUUCAAGGCUCGAUAUACCCGAUUCUUGGCAAAUGCCCCAGGGUGGAAUUGAUGGGGAUGAAGAUCCAAAAGUAGCAGCCAUUAGAGAAUUAAGAGAAGAAACCGGAAUAAGUUCAGCAGAAGUUCUUGCUGAGACACCUUAUUGGUUGACAUACGAUUUUCCUCCUGACGUCAGGGAAAAACUUAAACAUCAAUGGGGAUCUGACUGGAAAGGUCAAGCACAAAAGUGGUUUCUCCUCAAGUUCACGGGAAAAGAGGAAGAGAUCAAUCUUCUGGGUGAUGGGACUGAGAAACCUGAGUUUGGGCAGUGCUCAUGGAUGUCACCGGAAGAAGUAACUGAGCAUUUUCUUUUCAGGCUGUUGAUUUUAAGAAGCCUGUCUACAAGGAAGUUUUUACAGUUUUCGCUCCUUAUCUUCAAUAAUAUUAAGUCACAAGUUUUUGCAAUGCAAUUAUCAUUGCAUACGUGAUCAUAAAUUACUCUACAGAACCAUCACUUUUUGCAGCGUGUUUUGGAUAUCACUAGCAUAUUACAAGUUGUAAUGAAUAAUGAUUUGAUAUGCUUACGAGAAGAACAAGAACCAAGUGCCGCCAUAUACGCAUUCAAAUAUCUCUCAAAUUUAAGACA